AAACACUGUAGGAGAGAGAGAGAGGACUCAGUUCGCAUUCUGAGCUGCAGCAGAACUCAGAGCUAGGGUUAAUAGGUCCAAGGGCCACCCAGGCACUGAGUCUUCAGUCAAGGAAGGCACCAUGACGUCUCUUGCUUACAGGCAACCUAUUUCUCCAACUGUUGGAACACAGAUGAUUUUCACAGGUCCAGAUGGCAUUAAGGAUUAUCGACCCAAGAUCCACGAUUUUACUCGUUUUAUAGGAGAAAAGCCUCCAGCAUUAGAUGUUACCAGUGAGCUCAGGUAUUUAUGGCGUCCUGCCCCAAGGAAUUGCUUCACACCGGCUCACAGAAGUAACUAUGUUGGCGAGAUUGGCUGGGCAGCAAACCAGUUGGGUUUUCAUCAGAUGAACCUUCAGUCAGGCAAGAACAUCAAGCUUGGAGAAUUUCGCAAUGCUUCUGAGAAGCGGGCUACUCACCGGUAUCAGAAUCCGUGGCAACCUAAACCUGAGAUCUUGGAUCAACAAGGGGCAGGAAGCCGAAGGUCUCUUGCAUGGAACUGUGCAAAAUAUGAGGAUAUUGACCAGAGAAAUUACCAACGUUCUCCAGGGGUCAAGAACCAGUGGAGAGCCAAGGAUUCCUCAUUAGCUCAGCCCAAUUUCCCCAAAAUCUCUCUCACCCCUAAAGAAAUUCGGAUGCCAAGUAAACCAGUCUUUUUUCCCACCUCUUUCGCUCUUCCAUGCCUUCCCUCUUCCAAGAAGAGAGAAGCCUAAUUGAAUGUGUGAAAUCUGGUUGGAGAAAACCCUGUCAUGGCUACAGGGUUAAUCCCCAUUACAAAAACGUCUUCUGGUCAACUCCUCAGUUUUAAGAAAGCUUAGCUCCCGCAUAUGUGAAAAAGGGAGACAAUCCCUCCCUUCCCCACCCCCAACGCCCGCAAACCUAACUAGAGCCAACCUCAAAAACUAAACCUUUUUCUCUUCAGAAUUUGGAGUAUGCCUAUUGGAGAAUCAUGUUGGAGCAAGGGAAAAUGCACAGUAAAGUCUUUGUUUUUUUGGUCAAGAAAA